UGCCGUGGUUAUUUUAAUUUUGAUAUUUAAUAAAAUUAUUCCUUUCUGAAUUUUACUUUACGAAUUAAAAAAUAAAAAUUGCAUUAAAACAUGAACUAUAACUUCAAAUCAUCGUCGAAAAACGAAUGUUUCGUUUUGUUUUGAUACAGAAUCUUGAAGAAUUUUUAGAAUCUUUUAAACUUUUGAUUUUAUAAUGAAUUUUCGUGGACGCCGUGGAAAUGCACAACGAAAACAGAAAAGGCCAAAUGAAGAAAAUGCUGAUGUUACUGAAGAUAGUUCUCCAAUAGCCAAACUCUUCAAAACAUAUCAAAUUGAGUUGGAUUCUAGAUAUGAUAAGCAUGAAAGACUUGUAAAGAAAAGCAGAGAUUUAACUAUUGAAAGCAAGAGAAUUAUUUUUCUUCUUCACAGAGUUUCCAGCGAUGGUGGCAAGGAUGAAAUUCUGAAAGAAGCUGAGGAUCGAUUAAGUGAUUUAUUUAAAAAUGUUAUUAGUGGCAUAUCUUCAGAAUUAUCUAAGAGGGAACUUUAUCAGUUCUUGAGAGCAUUUAGUCCAGGUCUUCAAGAAUUUGUUGAAGCAUUUUCAUUUUACUAUUACUUGAAACAUGAAACUCUAGUACAUAUUGGAGAAAUUCAUAAUCCAGAUUUUUUACAGAAGUCCUCCGAAAUUCCUGUUGAUCAUAAGAGCCCAGAAUCUGGAUUGCCUUUGUCUGCUUUGCUCACACCAACAGAUUUUAUUUUAGGUAUUGCAGAUUUGACUGGGGAAUUGAUGAGAAAGUGCAUCAACAGCGUAGCUGCUGGUGACAUUGAAGAACCAUUCAGGUUAUGCAAUGUGCUACAAAAUAUAUAUGAAGCUUUAGGUAGCUUCAACUAUAACAGGGAACUGAAACGCAAACUCAUGGUUUUGAAAAACAGUAUGCAGAAAGUUGAAAAUGCCUGUUAUGCAAUCAAAAUCAGAGGUUCAGAAAUUCCUAAACACAUGUUGACGGAUUUCUUUUCUAAUGAAGAGGAAUUCAAGGAGAAUAUUGAUUGUGAUGUUUAAGUUUUUUAUACUAUGAUCAUCGUUUUUUUUUUUUUUUC